AUGUCGGUAGCCUCCGAAAAGCCGAUCAGGCUGGCGGUCCUAGGUGGCUCAUGCACAGGCAAGACCUCGUUCAUCUCGAGGCUGACGGUGGACAUCGUACGUGAAGCUCAUUACCCCACACGCAAGCAGAACAAUUGGCUCUUCACAUUCAACCCGACGGACCCGCUGGCACGUGCGAUCCUAGACGAGAAGGCACAUGAGCGAUACUACUACUCCGACGAACACGCGGUACCUGAGCCCGUAUUUCGGACUCCCAGUAUCACAGACCACGUGCUGCUGUCGCCGCCCGUGUACCAGAGCUUCAUACAGAACUACCAAAUGGUGAAGCACGCCCUGGCGGUGGGGCAGCGCCUUGCGGAUCAGCGUACCCUACUGAAAUCAGAUAACCAAUACUACCAGUACAAGAAUGAGGACGUGGGGCAUGGCCCGGACUCCUGCUCGCGCCGAACCGCUCGCCUUCAGGAGCGCACAAGACGUAGGGGAGCAGUAGACAGGUGUCUACCGUCCAAUUAUACACCGCCCAGAUACUCCAGCAUUUCCAUCGAUAUUAUAGAUACGCCUGCCUAUGACCCAGACAUGGUAAUUCCUUUCCUCGAAGUGUCGCUCUUCAGCAAUCUCGACAAGUCUAUUCUGCGGGGCCUAGCAGACCACCCGAGGAAGCCGGUUUCCACACAAUCGUUGCUAGUGGCAUCUGGGGCUUCGGAGCUUAACGGUAAGGUCGAUGGAUACAUCUUUGUCUACAGCGCGCUUCCGGAAUUGAAUUAUGCCGAACCGCCUAGCUACGAUUCCUUGAAUCGAGUCAGCGGAGGGGUUGGACAGGCGCCAGCUCAGGGCCAGGCAGUAGAAUACAAGCGCACGAGUGCACAAGAUGGUGGGUUUUCCCUACUGAGUAGCAUUAGGGCCUGCUUUCUUGACGCAUGGACCGAAUUUCGAAAUUACCAGCGAAGGGCGGCGCAAAUUAAAGAAGGCGAUAUAUAUUCGCUGAUGUAUUCACUAAAGCAGGCAUGGAAGCCAGACCCACAGGCAACCGGAAAAGAUAAAGGAACACGGGAGUUGAGUGCUUCUUUGGAUCAGAUUGAUUUAAAUCCUGACUCACCCAACUCGCCCCCUCCAAUGCUGAUAAUUUGCACGCAUAUAUUAGAUCCCCUUCAUUCCCCUUUACUUGUGGAGCACGGAAAACGGCUUGCAGUGGAAUGGAAAUGUGCUUUUGUUGCUUUAGACAGCAUGUCAGACUUUAACGUGGACGUAGCGAUGGCUUGCAUCAUAAGAGACAUUGUCGAGAAGGAGAAAUUACUGAACAAGCACAUCACAAAGAAGAAAGGUGUUUUACAUAAGAUCAUUAAGGGUUAG